UUUUUUGUGUUAAGCGAUAAUUCCCGUAUUCUAAGGCACUUCAGUGCGGAGAAUUACCAUCGAAAACGUGCUUUCGAAACGUGGUCUUUGUCGUGUAUUGGCGUGAUUCGCGAACCAUAUGUUUCCGUAACAAAGACUCUUGCUAACGCGUAAAUUAAUCCGUCCUGGUCAGGGAUCAGUUGCCUCGUGGCUCGGAGACAGCCUUGAAUCCCUGCACUGCCGGGAGGCUCCAUUACGAAUCCCGGGAUCGCUCCAGACAGGAACCAAAAGGAGCAGAACACAAAGAAACAAUACACAAACAGUUGCCUAAUAGCUGCGCCGCGUCAGUGUAUCAGUAUUAGUGAAUUCAAUAACGAAUAAAAGAAAGUGAGCGAAUAGAAGAGCGAUAAAUUCCUAGUUGUUGAAAAUUUCCCGUAGAGAUGCUAGAAAGUGAAAAUACAGAAAGUGUAAAGAAGGGAAAAAUUGUUGCAUGUUUAAGCCAAAAAUAAAAAAAAGUGAAUAAGCGUAGAAGCAAUGCAAAACGAGCAGAGUGAAGUUUGAGAUUUUGCGCCAAUUUGACCCCCAGCAAAGAAAAUAUUAAUCAAGUGUGACGAAGUGAUAUAUAAGACAUCAAAAAUCAUCAAAAUAAGCAUUGAUGUGCGUGCAGUAAAAUGGCCUCAUCUCCCACGCCAUCGCUAGAAUCAUUACCCGGUGCAUCAAACUCGAUUGGAUCAUACGGUGAACCAGCGGAUUACCUAUCGGACUCUCCCUUAACUACCCUUAGUGGUUCCGCAACCGGAUCUUCACCCCCAGCCAGUGACUCUGCCAUCUGCGACGACUACGUGACAGCCUCGAGCCUUGAAUCGGCCCAGUCGAACAGCUCGGAAUCGCUGUUCCCUCGGUGCACCGGCUGCAAGAGCAAACAGUCGGAUGCUGUUGCAAAGUGUAUCGAUUGUGUGAACUUCCUCUGUGCCAACUGCGUUACGGCUCAUCAAUUUAUGCACUGCUUUGACGGACAUUCUGUGUUUCGCAUCGGAAGCUCAGCCUCCAGUACGGGGUCAACGACCUGCACGACAACGACCAUUGCUAACGGAGGGCUAGGUUCGCUAGAAGGAAGCCUGCUGGCCAACAACAUUCUCAAUAGCAGUAAAAUGAUGAACGGCUUUGAGCCGGCACCACAUCGCUUGACCUCGCUGAAUUUAACCAUAAAGGACGAAGCCAGUAGUUUGGUGAAAUCAAUCAUGAAUAAUGUGAUAACGCCACCCACAUCCAAUGGAACGGGUGUAGGAGGUGCAAAUGGAAACCAUCCGAUAAACUCUGUCAAUCAGCUCAAUAGCCAGUUGUCAGCCCUGAACGUUAACGGCGUAGAAAUGAACGGUCAAAACAAGCCAAAUUAUUUCUGCAAAAGACACACCAACGAACUGUUGAAGUUCUUCUGCCGUACUUGCAGCGUGCCCGUUUGCAAGGAUUGCAUGCUGAUGGAACACCCGAACGGAGUGCACGAAUGUGAACACAACCCAGACUCGACUCCGAAACAAAUCGAAAGUCUUCUACACACGGUUAGCGAAGUCCGAGCCAAGGCAACCGAACUGCGGACGCUAAUCAAGAACGUAGAGCACAACUCCCAACGAAUUCAGGUGCAAUACCACAAGGCUCAGAACGAAAUUACCGACACGCACCAGUUCUACCGCUCGAUGCUUGACGAGCGCAAAGCUGAACUGCUCAAAGAACUCGAAAGUUUCUACAACACGAAGAACAUGUCCCAAUCGGUGCUGUUGACCAAGAGUCAGGAUCAGGUUGACAAGGUGCUGCAAAGUUGCGAAUUUGUCGAACGCCUUAGUAAAUGUGCCGGCCUAGCGGAGACAAUCAUGCUGCGAAAGUUUAUGGAAAACAAACUCCUGCUCUUCCCGGCCAUCACGCAAGACUUGCAAUCGUCCUAUGAACUCGAUUUCGUCUCCAACUACCAAGCGAUUCAGGUUGGCGUUCGGAACACAUUCGGCUACAUCCGAUCGACCUCGGAUGUCACCUCAUCGACCAAGCAACCCCCAAUUGCACGACCAACAUCGACCAACAACUCAAACGGAUCCAACGGAAUCAUCGGUUCCAACGGUUUAAUCAUGACCAAUGGCAACAGCCCGUCCAGCAGCACCGGUAGUCUGAACCUCAUCCAGCAGAACCCAAUGAUGGUGAAUGGGGGCAGCAGUCACAUGAUGGACAGCAGACCUUUCUCGAACUCCAGCAACAACACCGCAAACAGUCACCACCUGUCCACUUCACCCUCACAAUCCAACGGCGGCAUCUCAUCAUUCGACUCGAACAUCAUCUCCAAACGCUUCAACAGCGCCAACAGUCUGGGACCAUUCGUCGGUGAAGUUCAGCCCCUGCAACCGCUCAAUCCCUACGAAAAAUGGAGCAACGGUGGCAACGACAUCUUUAACAAUGUCAAUGACCAGUACACCAUUCCACUGAACCACAUCCCGCAGGAAUCGAUGAUCGAUCUCAGCUCCAAGUUGAUGAACACCAACAUUUUCCCACCAAAGUCGCAAAUCAAGCGACAGAAGAUGAUCUACCACUGCAAGUUUGGUGAGUUUGGCGUGAUGGAGGGACAGUUUACCGAACCCAGCGGUGUAGCGGUGAAUGCUCAGAACGACAUCAUUGUUGCCGAUACGAACAACCAUAGAAUCCAGAUCUUCGACAAGGAAGGUCGCUUCAAGUUCCAAUUUGGCGAGUGUGGCAAACGCGACGGACAACUCCUCUACCCGAACCGAGUAGCAGUGGUGAGAACCUCCGGUGACAUAAUUGUGACCGAACGAUCGCCCACACACCAAAUCCAGAUCUACAAUCAGUACGGUCAGUUUGUGAGAAAGUUUGGAGCGAAUAUUCUGCAGCAUCCACGGGGAGUUACGGUCGAUAGCAAGGGUCGUAUUGUGGUGGUUGAGUGCAAAGUGAUGCGUGUGAUUAUCUUCGACCAGUCGGGCAACGUACUGCAAAAGUUCGGCUGCAGUAAGCAUCUUGAAUUCCCGAACGGUGUCGUGGUAAACGACAAGCAGGAGAUCUUCAUCAGCGACAACCGUGCGCACUGUGUCAAGGUGUUCAACUACGAGGGCCAGUUCCUGCGCCAGAUCGGCGGCGAAGGCAUCACCAACUAUCCGAUUGGCGUCGGUAUCAACGCCAGCGGUGAAAUCCUGAUCGCGGACAAUCACAACAACUUCAAUCUGACCAUCUUCACCCAAGACGGCCAACUGGUGUCCGCAUUGGAAAGCAAGGUCAAACACGCCCAGUGCUUCGACGUCGCCCUGAUGGACGACGGCAGUGUAGUUCUCGCCAGCAAGGACUACCGAUUGUACAUCUACCGGUACGUGCAGGUGCCACCCAUUGGAUUGUAAAAUCCGCGAGGCGAACGCCCCCUUCGCCACCAGAAGAACCAUGACCGUGAGACUGUGUGGAAGAACUGUGCCCCGAACCGAUCGCGAAAAUUAUCAAACAAUUACUAGUGCUCCCCAUGACGACACCACAGCCGGAAACUAAUACGAACAGCAUUCACAAUCAACUCUAGUCCUCGCCGCCGCCGCCGCCCUUCCACUGUUCGCCAUCGCCAUUGGACGAUGGAAGUGUGAGUGUGUAUGUGUAAGAAUGUGUGCUCGCCCGACAGGAAGGAUGAGACGGAAAAAUUACCCCCAACGUACAGAUUUGUGAACUGCAAGGAGGGAAGAAGCCGCCGCCACAGCUCUCGGGACGACCAUCAACCGCCGAGUCCGAAAUGACCGAGAACGAAGCCGAUGAACCCGAGCGCGAAAAAGCAAAACCGGAAGAUCGACGAGAACUGCGUCGCUUCUGCGAUAGGGUGGGUUGUGUGCAUGUGUAAGUUAGUGUGGUGGAAGAUGGCGCGGCAGUGCUCUCUUCUGCGUUGAUCCAAGAAUGCUGUGUGACACGGUUUUCUUCGCCUCUUUGAGGAGUAGCACAAAUGAAUAAUGAGACCGACAAGCGACGCCGAGUGGGACGUCGUCGAUGAUGAAAACAUGUGUGCUGUUAUCAAUCUGGAAGCCAGCUGUUUUGCGACGGAGAAAAAGGCGGGAACACAAAAGCGACAAAGAAAUUGAGAACAGGGCAUGCACACACAUACGCACGUGCAGCAUGUGGUCGCGUGUACGUGCAGAACCGAGAGUAACCAACGGCAACGGGAAGAACAGUCAAUAGCCGCUUAGAUUUCGAUUGGCGCGCCCUCUCCGCCACUGCACCCACGCGAUUGGUUGCACGAAAGUGAAAAAGAGAGAGAGCGAGAGUGAGAGAGGUACAAGACAAAGUUUAGGGAAGAGAACGAGAGGACCGCACAGUCAAACUCCUCGAAUCCACGCAGUAGUGUUAAUGUUUUUCCUAUUUGUGUUCAAUUGUAAAAUUCUGCGACUCACGUGCGCAACAACAAGGGGGAAAAUGGAAAUUUUCUUACCGAAACAGGGGGAAAUAGUUUUUUACACGUAAAAUUCUUACAGUGCAGUAUUACUGAUUUUUGUUUUUGUUUUUUGCUCGUUUACAUGUAAGGCCAAGGAGGAAUCCUGUUUUUAUACACUUGUAUCUAGUUUUUUGCGUCAUAGUUGCGUGCUCUAGCUUUUUUAUCUACUGAAUAUGAUGAAACGAAACAAACACUUUAUGUCUGUAGAAAGUAUCUCGUUAACGUUUAAGGCAAGCAAGUCGUCAUAUUUCUGUGUGUGUUUUUGCUACAUAUUACUCAUUUUACCCCUUUUUUGAUAGUUAGUGGUUAGUCGUAUCACUUUUAGUUAUCUCAUUUUUUAUUAUUGUAUUUUUAUAUAUAAAAGUAAACCUAUUAUUAUUUUGAUAUAUUAUUAUUGUGCAUUUAGAAAAGCGAACACCUUUUUAAAUUAAUAUUAUACACCUUUGUUGGUUAUGUUGAUUUUUGUUUUGUUAAAUUAUUACACUUAAGUUUUUGAGUUUAACGAGUUUUGAGACAAACUUAUACACUUGUGUAGUAGAGUGCUUCAGGAAUGCGAAAACCGAACAUCAGAACAACGCAUGAACAUUGUAUAUUUUUUAAAGCAACGAAAUUUGAGCAAUCCGUAAAUUGUAAGAUCAGCAGCCAAGAUAGACACAAGCAUUUAAGAGAAGAUCGAUAAACAAACACAAAAUCUGUGUAAACCCAAAACGCAA